CAUGAAACGGGUGUUGACGGUCACGUCACAUUUUGCCGGCCCUAAAACGCGUGCUGUGGCUGCCUGGCGGAGACCCAAAUCCAGCUCGCUUCCGGAACCCCGACGGAGAGGGAGGGAAGCGGCGGGCAGCGAAGCCAAAAGAAAAAAAGACAAAAGAGGAGCCGUAAAAGGAAGCUCGUCUUCUCUCCUUCCUUCCUUGGAUUUCCCUUACCCCUCUCUUUUUGUGACAGGAGAGCAAGGAUUAGGGUUUGGGGCUUAUUUGGAGAGGUGCGGAGAUGGGGAAUAUAUUUGUGAAGAAACCCAAGAUCACGGACGUGGAUCGCGCCAUCCUCUCCCUCAAGACCCAACGCCGCAAGCUCGCUCGACACCAGCAGCAGCUUGAUGCUGUUAUUGAAGCUGAGAAGCAAGCUGCAAGGGACCUGAUUCGAGAGAAGAGGAAAGACAGGGCCCUCCUUGCACUAAAGAAGAAGAAAACUCAGGAAGAAUUAUUGAAGCAAGUUGAUGCUUGGUUAAUUAAUGUUGAGCAACAAUUGGCAGAUAUUGAACUGGCAAGCAAACAGAAAGCUGUAUUUGAAAGCUUGAAGGCAGGCAAUAAUGCCAUUAAAGCUAUACAAAGUGAGAUCAAUCUGGAAGAUGUUCGCAAGUUGAUGGAUGAUACAGAAGAGGCAAAGGCCUAUCAAGAUGAAAUCAAUGCAAUCCUAGGCGAGCGUUUAUCUGCUGAGGAUGAGGAAGAUGUUUUGGCAGAAUUCGAGAACUUGGAAAGUGAGAUCACCCUGCAGUCUUUGCCAGCGGUUCCUGCUUCAUCAGUGCCGUCCACAGAAGCAGCUAGAAAGACACCUAAAGUGCAGCCAGAAGCGGGACUCCAAGUUGAAGACAAAGAAGAUGAGGUUCUCGAGCUUCCUGAAGUACCUACCACGACCCCAGUCCCAGCGACAUCAGAUGACAUCUCAACUAAAGCAACAAGGAUAAAAGUUUUGGAGGAACCACUACCUGCUUGAAUGACGGAUUGCAUUUACAAACGAUCGACACUUCCAACUGCUUGGUUCAUGCGGUGAUAUCUGGAUUUGUAUAGUGUGUAAAAAUGAUAUCUUUGUUCUUUUUCAACCAACUUUUAUCCUUCCAUCUCGAUGUCAAUGUAAUGUUAUCGGAAUGUUUGUCAACCUGCUCAAAAUCUGAAGUGUAUCUGUUACUCCUUGGACUUCUAUUUGCUAAAUUAUUUUGGCUGCAUAAA